AUGAUUCCGCUGAUGGAUCACAACUACCAGACGGUGACCAAGGUGCUCAAGUGUAACAAGUGUCGGGUGUGCUCAGAAAGCAUCUACUUUCACGGUUACGAGUGCACGCAGUGCAAAAUGGUAGUGCACAAGAAGUGCUCUAGCAGUCUCUUCGUAAAGUGCCCCAACAAGGUGAUGCCGCCUCGACUGGCCGUCUUCGGACUGAGCAUCUCCGAUGACAGCCACGUCUCAGAGGUGCUCAGCGUGUGCAUUCGCGAGAUUGAAAAUCGGCCCAUUCACAAGCUGAAGUACAUCUACAAGAUGGAGUACAACCAGCGGGUGGUGGACAGUCUCUGUCUGAGCUUCGAGUUUGGCGCCCACCUCGUUGACCUGAGCACCAUCAACGUUUACAACGUGGCCGGCGUCGUCAAAGAGUACCUCAGUCGGCUUAUCGAAUCAUUCCUCAGCAAAAAUGUCAACUAUGUGGUCACUAAUCGACCAAAGGCGGAAUGGCCGCAGAAAGCGGAGCCCCAAUCUUCUACGGCCGCCAAAAUUAGCUCUAACCAACAAUUUGCUCUGUCUCGGGCAAGUAAAAUGCUUCAGUCAACGCAAAAUGUGCCAAAAACAACAGAUCCUCUUGAAAUGGCAAGAAAGUAUGACAAGAAGAUUCUCUUUGCUAACGAUUUGCUCGAAUUCUUGAAAAAGUAUUCUAGCGGAACCCAGGCAGACGCUGAUAAAGCUCAAUGCACCGGUGAAAUAGGCAAUCGCAAGCUUUGUCCUCCCUUCAUUAAGGUAGUCGACAAGUCCAACAAGUUCAAAACAAACUUCAAAGAACUUCCCGAGUGGCCUGAAAUAAACUUUGACUACCAACCGGAGCUUUGUCCGUUCUACAAACCUCGCAAGUUCCCUAAUCCCUCUCAAACGUCAAACAAGUCGGCUGUUGUCUUGGGAAAACCAAAUGACCGCUUUCCAACUGUUCUCACUACUCCAAUCAUGACUACGCCCACCCUCAAUAUCAAUCAAAUCAGAUCAAUUCCCACAAAGAACGCAUCAACAAAGCGAAAACAUAUGGUCUUUUGCGAAAUAUGUCAUAAGGAGUACAACGACUUAGAAGAGCAUCUCAACGACGAAGUUCAUUCCACUUUUUUGAAUACUGANUAA